AUGGAUUCCCCAUCUAUUACAAUUGAUCUACUCUCUGAGGAAUAUGGUUGUGACCAAAGCACUAUUUCAAAAAUCUUGAAGGAGAAGGAUAAAUUGUUGUCUAUGCAACUAAUGGAUUAUUUUACAACAUGGAAUACUAAUAGAUGGAAUUCUACAAAUUCAAGCCAAAAAUUUGCAGAAUUAUUAAGUAUACCCGAAACUGAGUUCAAGGCAAGUCCAGACCUUCCUAAUCAAAGGCAGAAGUUAGCUGAAUUGCUUUUGCAAUAUAAAUCUGAAGACGUCUAUAAUGCUGAUGAAACUGAUGAAGCUGCCAUUAUUGAAGAAGUUCUUCCACAGCCUGACUUCAGUGAUAGUGAUGAAGAAA